UCAAAUCGGCAACGUUUCCUAGAUCAAGAGGUGCUGUUGUCAGAAUUGAAUUACGAAGUCAAAAGCCUAGCAAGGGAUAAGGAUAUUCUGCAAGAGCGAUGUAUCGAGUUAGAAAGGAAGUACAAGAAAGCGAAAGCUGCAAGUAAAGAAUUCGAAAAACUUAUAGAAGCGGCUGAUCCGUGCUCAUCGAAUGCACCGGAUUCUCCGUCAUUACUUGAUCGAUCGCGAAGGAAACACAGGUCUCCGUCCAAAAAGGAUGAGCAGAAUGAUUCUUUACAGAUAUGUUUGGAAAACUCGCAGAUUGAAAUCGAGGACCUUCGAUCAAGACUUGAAAAAGAAGUGAAUAUGUCAAAAUCGUUACAUGACGACCUAGAUCAAAGUAGGAAAUUGACUAGAGCCGACUGUCUUUCAUAUGCGUUGGAAAAUCAACGACUAAUCGAAGAAGCUAGAGAAGCCAGUCAACAAAUUGUGUCGUACCGAGCAAAACUAGAAGCACAAGGAGCAGAUCUCAUUGCAACGAAGAAAACACUGCGGGCUUUGCAACGGGAUAAAGAUUCAACUGUGUCACAGAAUAAUACGGGUACGAGUACGGUUGAUGAGAAAUAA